UUACCACUGCCUCGCCAAAUGUUUGCAUUGCUCCAGGAAGAAGCUCAGAGUCAGAGGGAAGAAGGCAGAAGCUGAGAAGCCCCCUUCAGUAAUGCGCCACUCGUAAGGCCCCGCAUCGUGUAAAUUACAUGAAGUAUAUCAUAUUAAGUGUUCCUUGACUUCCUUGGCUUUGCUGUUCAUUUUCAUGAAUUUCUAGCUAGAAUUUCUACCAAUCUACCUGGUCUUGAAAGGAUUUGAAGUUUAUAGACGAUCAGACGAUGAAGGUUGAAAUUAUUGGUGCAAGCAACGGAAAGCAAAUUGCUAGUAUUGAAAAUCUUGAGCCAUCUUCGACUAUAAAGUUUCUCAAAGAUGAAAUACAUCGAAAUUGCCCAAAGUACUAUCCAAGUCGACAAUCACUAAGAUUAGAGCAGAGAGGAAAGUCAAUAAAAGAUGAACUAAAAUUAUCAGACCUUGAUCUUCCUGAAGGGAAUAGACUAUAUUUUAAGGACUUAGGUCCUCAGAUAGGAUGGUCCACAGUAUUCCUUUCAGAAUAUGCUGGUCCACUUUUUGUUUACCUCAUGUUUGUACCAAGACCAGCAUUUAUUUAUGGAGUACAAGCAUCUUUAAAACCUCGGGCUUCAGUUGUGUGGAUUGCUGCUGGUUGUUGGUCCCUUCAUUAUAUCAAACGUAUUCUAGAAACAUUAUUUGUGCACAGAUUUUCAAAAGGAACCAUGCCUAUACGAAAUCUUUUUAAGAACUGCAGCUAUUACUGGGGAUUUGCAGCCUUUGUCAGUUACUUCAUAAAUCAUCCACUCUACACUCCCCCAGCAUAUGGCGAUCUUCAAGUUGCCAUUGGUUUAAUCGGCUUCUUGGUCAAUGAAUAUGGAAAUUUUGCGUCCCAUUGUGUUCUAAGAGAUUUACGCCCUAAAGGUUCAAAUGUGCGAAGGAUUCCUUACCCGACGUCAAACCCAAUGACGUUCAUGUUUAAUUUAGUGUCCUGUCCAAACUAUACCUACGAGUUCUUUGCGUGGCUGUUCUUCACCGUGAUGACCCAAACUUUCCCUGCUGGAUUGUUCACUUUGGCUGGGUUGCUCCAGAUGGCACAGUGGGCUCAAGGAAAACACAGAAAUUAUCGCAAGGAGUUCAAAGACUAUCCAAAGUCCCGAAGGUGCAUCAUUCCAUUUUUGUUGUAGAAACAUCUGAGGGUAUACACUGUACA